GGCGGCAGCAGCAGCGCGCUGCAGCCGGCGGCGCCGCGGGUUCGAGCCCCGCGGCCGCGACAUGCGGCAGCCGCCGCCGCCGCCGCCGCCGGCCCGGUCGCGAUCGCGGUCGCGGUCGCGAUCGCCAUCGCCAUGGGGUGGCACGCGGAGCGCGACAAGGUGGUGAUCAACGUGGGCGGCGUGCGGCACGAGACGUACCGCAGCACGCUGCAGACGCUGCCGGGCACCCGGCUGGCCGGGCUGGCCGAGCCCGACGCCGCCGCCCGCUUCGACUACGACGCGGCGCUGGGCGAGUUCUUCUUCGACCGGCACCCGGCCGUGUUCGCCUACGUGCUCAACUACUACCGCACCGGGAAGCUGCACUGCCCGGCCGACGUGUGCGGGCCGCUCUUCGAGGAGGAGCUGGCCUUCUGGGGCAUCGACGAGACGGACGUGGAGGCCUGCUGCUGGAUGAACUACCGCCAGCACCGCGACGCCGAGGAGGCGCUCGACAGCUUCGAGGGCCCCGAGGCGGCGGCGGGGGGCGGCGGCGGCGGGGCGGCGGCGGAGGGGCCGCGGCGGAGGGGCCUGGAGGAGGCGCGGCCCGGCGGGCGCUGGCGGCGGUGGCAGCCGCGCGUCUGGGCGCUCUUCGAGGACCCCUACUCGUCCAAGAUGGCGCGG